GGACAGCGCGAGAAGAACGGGGUCCAGGCAAGGCUUUAGCAAUAUUCAUAUUUAGCAACAACAACAACAACCUUUUACGAGAAGUAUUAUCCCGUUAUGUAGACUUAACGAGUGAUGAAAUGUGCGCCAGUUUCACCAAAAGACACAGAUGAGAACACUGGACUGUGGUGUGCAGGAUGUGGCCAAACUUCUCUGGAUGUAUGACAGACGGUGAAGACGGGGCAGAACUUGUGAAUCCCACACAUCAAACCUCCUCUAUCCAAUCAUUUACCGGCUGUUUGAAACCCACAUUUUCUUGUUAAAAUGAUAAAAUACUUAAUUUCACAAAAUAAUGUAGCAGAAAGUCGAUCCUCGGAGAUAUUUGACCUCUUUUAACCCCAUCCUGGAUGGGUCCGGUGCGUUGUCUUGUUAACUCUUUAUUUUCGAUGGGGCUGAGCACAACACUUAAGUUCACACUCGUUUGUAAAUUAUUAGACCAAUGUGCCGUAUUUGCCCCCAGUCAGUUACCCCAGCUGUGCAAUCACUGCAGCUUUCUGUUGUAUGUUUGAAGUGAUUUCAUAGACCAUCAGAUCAGUCAGCGCCCCGGCCUUUCAGGAGAAUGAACGGCUCUCUUUUAACCCCGCCCAGCCCGCGGGCGGCAAACUCCUCUCCUUUACCUCCCUCACCAUCUCCGUCCCCUCCGUCUCCCUCUAUGCUGCCCCUCUCCCCCCGGCCUCCCCCUCUGCCGCCUCUGGUGAGCCCUUCACCCCAGGCUCACCCAUCCUCCCUGUCGGACACCCCCACGCCGUCCCCCUCGCCUUGCCUGAGCUGGACCGAAUUCUGUGAGCUCCACGCGCGCGUUGCAGCCGGUGACUUUGCGCGCCACUUUCGGGCUUUUCUCCUGGAGAACCCCCACUACUCGCCAGAUUCAGCAGCCGCCUUCUGCCGGCGCUUCACCGACCGGUUUGUUCGUCACUUCCAGAGUGAGCUGGAGCCGAGCUGUGCUUCCGGGAGGGACGACAUGGCGAGCUGGGCUCCCCAGUCAGAUGCUACUUCCCUUGAAGAGGAAGCGGUUUCACCCCUGUCGGCGUCCGGAGGCGCGGUCCUCCCGUGUCCCCCCAUCAACACGACACGGGGCUUGUCCAAGCCUGUACCGACACGGCUGGUGUUGGAGAGCCGCAGUGGGGACAGGUUUCAAGAUUCUUACGCCCACAGCCAAGUCCUGCCUCCGUCUUCAUCAUCGUCAUGUUGCUCCUCAGUGGGAGGGAACAACGGGAGGCGUGAAGAGAGGGGGGCCAUGGUUGCUCCUGGCAAUGGGGAAGCGCCGGUUGAGGAAGAGGAGGACAGCUGGUUAGGGGUAGCGUCUGUGGAGGAAGACGCUGAGCCAGAAGAGCAGGAAGCAGAGUCCACAGAGGUGGACAGUGCGGACCCCUCCCACGCUCCUCAGAUUCCACCUUCCUCGGUCACUCCUCCGCCCGGCUCUAAAGGUAACAGUACGCCCAACUCCAAAAACAAACUGAAGAAGCGCUUUUCUCUGCGGAGUGUGGGUCGUAGUGUGCGGGGGAGUGUCCGGGGCAUCCUGCACUGGCGAAGCUCCUCCAGUGACUCCGCCCAGAGCCAGCUGCCCUCCAGCUACAGCUACACUAUGGGUGUGCAGGACCCCACCUUGGUUUCAACCUCAAAGAGGAACUCCGGUACGCAGCCUCCUACACCCACCUCCUCCAUGCCUGUCUCUCUGUCCAUGCCCCUCUCCCUUCCUCACUCCUCCUCCUCCUCGCUGCCCCCCUCAUCUUCAAGCAGCGCCACCUCUCUGUCUCUUUCGGAAGCUGCUCGAGAUCGGCGGCGGAGCAACGGCGAAGGAAGCGAGAAGGAAAAGUGGAGCCACCGUCUGGACAAACUCAGACUGUCGCGAUCCCCUCCUCCCGUCCUCACCCCAACCCCCGGCGGCUCUUACUCCGCCUCCUCCACGCUGCCUCCGAGCAGCGCCUCCGCCGCCGCCAUGGGACCUCCGAGGAAGGUGGGCCGGCUGGUGCGGGAGGGCGGGGUGAGCGUUAGUUCAUCCAGCGACGAGUUAAGCGCAAGCCACGGCUUUUCUGGCUUCUCGUUCAGUCUGCUGCAUCACGGUACGGACAACAACAACACUGCCGCGGCUACGUCUGCUGCAGCUCAGGCAGGCCCAGUGCAGCCUCUGGCCAGCGGCGGGAACGUGCCCUGGAGAGGAGGGCGCUGGCACAAAUGUCGUCUGGUCCUCAGAGAGAGAGACCGAGAAGGUGGCGAGCGGGGAGAGGAGUACUACUUGGAAUUCUUCAUUCCACCUAAAGCGUCAAAGCCCCGGCUGACUGUCCCUUGCUGCUCAAUUGUGGAUGUGAGGAGCACCACAGCGCUGGAGGUCCCCGACAAGGAGAACACCUUUCUGCUGCAGCUGGAAGGGACGGCGCAGUACGUGAUCGAGACCCGUGAUGCCGUACAGAUGAGAGCCUGGCUGAGUGACAUCAGGAACGGCAUCUGUCUCAGUGAACAGGAAGAUCCUGAAGGGGUGUGUGGGGGGCCGCUGGAUAUCAGUGGGACACCUGAGAUCGAUCAUCUGUCACAAGUGUGUUAUGGAGGUAUCGGAGGCUCCUCACCUCUCAUGGAUCCUCUCCCACCGGAGCUGCCACCUCGAGCCCCCCUUGAUGAACCAGACAGGAUUCUCGGAGGAGGCGGGGCCAGUCUGGGCACACCUUUUGCUGAGACGCCAGACGCAACAGGGUCCUUCCUGUUCUCGGACGCCGCGGUCGCAGAGACGGUGGAGCACCCGCUCAGUGAGUGUCAGUGGUUCCACGGCACCCUGUCCCGCCUCAAAGCUGCUCAGCUGGUGUUGGCUGGGGGCCCGGCGAGCCACGGCGUCUUCCUGGUUCGCCAGAGCGAGACAAGACGCGGGGAAUAUGUCCUCACCUUUAACUUCCAGGGCAAGGCCAAGCACCUCCGUCUGUCCCUGAACGAGGACGGUCAGUGCCGAGUGCAGCACCUUUGGUUCCAGUCCAUCUUUGACAUGUUGGAGCACUUCCGAGUGCACCCGAUCCCCCUGGAGUCUGGCGGCGCCUCAGACGUCACGCUCAUCAGCUUUGUGGGUGCCACCGCUGUUCGCCAGCCAGACUUGACCAGCAGACCCCGUAGCCCUCCUCAGCCUCCUCCGCUACCACCGGGCCGGCCGCCGCCCCCGACUCCUCCCCAGGAGAGAGGAAGUGAGACGGAGGUGGUGGGAGGGGCAGGAGGAGGAGGAGGAGGAGGAGGAGCAGCUGUGGUGACAAUGGCAACGACAGGAGGAGGAGGAAGUGGAGGCAGCGGAGGCGGUAGUGGAGGAGGAGUGGAGGACUGGGAGGAGAGGGACAGGGACACUCCUCUCCGCCAACUAGAAGCAGUGGAGGGAGAAGAGAGGGAUGGAGCGAGGGCGCCACGAGCCAUCGACAACCAGUACUCCUUCUUCUGAUGAAGGGAAGGCCAUGUGGAGGAGGAGGAAGAGGAGGAGUGUGUGUUUGUGUGUAUCCAACAGUGUGUGUGUGUGUGUGUGUGUGAGCGAACGUGAGAGUGGAUGAAGCGGCGUACAUUAUAGCCAUUCAUAACCAGUAUUUUUAUUUUGUUAGCAAGGUGGAGGAGAAGAGGAGGAGGAGGAGGUGGUGUAAAAGUACUAACACUAUACGAGAGAGAGAGAGAAGACUAAGCAGACGGAGAGACGGGUGAGAGCAGCUUUACAACACUAACUAGCGGUACAUUUAUUAUUUUAUUUCUUAGUCAGAUAAGCUUUGUUUUUGCCGGUACGCCUCACAGCAGGCUCUUUCUUGUACGUGCAAGUGAACAGUAGUGAGAGCUUGAGCCCUGUGAAGCCAGCAGUCCCGAUACCUCACAGUGGUCCUGCCGAGACGACGCACGCCAGCCAGACGCCAAACACACGGGGUAGACCCAAGACGUUACACUCUUGCUGGUGCACAGCGAGCCCCUUUUUAAAAUGACCUAUCCUGGCUUAACGGUUCUGCAUGAAGGUUCUCCGUAUUAACUUUAACACACGAUUGCUACGAGACCAAGCCGACAUGUGAAAUGUGAAUUUAAAAUCAAUAAUAAACACAAUAUGUUGAUGAAUGUA